AUGACAUAUUAUUACAGGCGAGACUCAUUAGAGUUUGGCCGCUGGAAAGUAAAUAACCUUGCAGUCGAGAGGAGAAAUUUCCUUGGCUCUCCUCUGCCUCUUGCUCCUGAAUUCUUCCGCAACAUAAGACUUUUGGGACGCCGACCUACCUUGCAGCAAAUCACAGAAAACCUUAUCAAGAAAUAUGGGACACAUUUCUUGCUGUCUGCUACUCUGGGAGGAGAGGAGUCACUCACAAUUUUUGUGGACAAGCGGAAGUUGAGCAAACGAUCUGAAGGAAGUGAUUCCAGCACCAAUAGCUCGUUGGUCACUCUGGAGACGCUACAUCAACUAGCCGCUUCCUAUUUCAUUGACAGGGACAGCACCCUUCGGAGACUUCACCACAUUCAAAUUGCAUCCACUGCCAUAAAGGUAACAGAAACACGGACUGGUCCUCUUGGCUGCAGUAACUAUGACAACCUAGAUUCUGUCAGUUCUGUUCUGGUUCAGAGUCCUGAGAAUAAGAUUCAGUUGCAAGGGCUGCAAGUUCUCCUUCCAGACUAUCUUCAGGAGCGUUUUGUACAAGCAGCUUUGAGCUACAUCGCUUGCAAUUCAGAGGGAGAAUUUAUCUGCAAGGAAAAUGAUUGCUGGUGUCAAUGUGGUCCCAAAUUUCCAGAAUGCAACUGCCCCUCCAUGGACAUUCAAGCCAUGGAAGAGAACCUUCUUCGAAUAACUGAAACCUGGAAAGCCUACAACGGUGACUUUGAGGAAUCAGAUGAAUUCAAGUUCUUUAUGAAAAGGCUACCCAUGAAUUAUUUCCUCAACACAUCUACCAUAAUGCAUUUGUGGACAAUGGAUUCUAAUUUUCAGCGCCGCUAUGAACAACUGGAGAACAGCAUGAAGCAACUAUUCCUAAAGGCGCAGAAAAUUGUGCACAAGCUCUUUAGCCUUAGCAAGAGGUGUCAUAAACAACCCCUCAUCAGUUUGCCAAGACAAAGAACCUCCACCUACUGGCUCACUCGCAUCCAGUCUUUUCUCUAUUGCAACGAGAACGGCCUCCUGGGCAGCUUUUCGGAAGAGACGCACUCGUGCACCUGUCCAAACGACCAGGUGGUGUGCACUGCGUUCCUGCCCUGCACCGUGGGCGAUGCCUCGGCCUGCCUGACGUGCGCCCCAGACAACCGUACCCGCUGCGGCACCUGCAACACAGGCUACAUGCUGAGCCAGGGGCUCUGCAAGCCUGAGGUCGCCGAGUCCACCGAUCACUAUAUUGGCUUUGAGACCGACCUGCAGGACCUGGAGAUGAAAUACCUGUUGCAGAAAACGGACAGACGAAUCGAAGUCCAUGCCAUUUUUAUCAGCAAUGACAUGCGUCUCAAUAGUUGGUUUGACCCCUCCUGGCGCAAGCGGAUGCUCCUCACCUUGAAGAGCAACAAGUACAAGUCCAGUCUGGUCCAUAUGAUCUUGGGUCUCUCUUUACAGAUUUGCUUAACUAAAAACAGCACCUUGGAGCCAGUGUUGGCUGUUUAUGUCAAUCCCUUCGGAGGCAGCCAUUCCGAGAGCUGGUUUAUGCCUGUAAAUGAAAACAGCUUUCCAGACUGGGAGCGGACUAAGCUGGACCUCCCACUGCAGUGUUACAACUGGUCGCUAACUCUGGGGAACAAAUGGAAGACAUUUUUUGAGACAGUGCACAUCUACCUGAGGAGUCGCAUCAAGUCAAACGGCCCCAAUGGCAAUGAGAGCAUUUACUAUGAACCUCUGGAAUUCAUUGACCCUUCCCGGAACCUGGGUUACAUGAAAAUCAAUAACAUUCAAGUGUUUGGUUACAGCAUGCACUUUGACCCUGAAGCAAUUCGGGACUUGAUUUUGCAGCUGGACUACCCCUAUACUCAGGGAUCCCAGGACUCAGCACUUUUGCAACUUCUAGAGAUAAGAGACCGUGUAAAUAAACUCUCCCCACCUGGUCAGCGUCGUCUAGAUCUUUUCUCUUGCUUGCUUCGUCAUAGACUCAAGCUGUCUACUAGUGAGGUGGUGAGGAUCCAAUCUGCUCUGCAGGCGUUUAAUGCCAAAUUGCCAAACACAGUGGAUUAUGACACGACCAAAUUAUGUAGUUAACCAUAAAUGUCAAGCACAACCCAAAAUCUUGAAGGAGUUUUUACAGUGCUUUUGUGGAACAGUUUAUGUUUGGAAGAGUACAUUUAAAUUGUCUUUUCAAUAUCUGUCUUAUAUCAGUCAAUAACAUUGGAUGGCAAUUUACACACAUGAACUUGCUGACAAUGAAUAUAUUAUAUUGCAGUUUUGGUUUAUGAAUGAAAUAAAUACUGACACCAGUCUAGAAGACAUUCUACUUUUUACAAUAAAUUUCAUUUGUAAUUUUAUAUGUUCCGUGGCAAUGCUUUUGUGCAUUACAUCCUCUAGAGGGAACAUAAAAGGAUACCAAUAAAAUUUUGUAG